UGUCGUCAACAGUUCACCAACAAACGUCAAUUAGAUCUUCACAUGAGAUCUCAUGCUGGCAUGGAGAAAAACUACAAAUGUCCCCAUGAAGGAUGUGAUAAGGUAUUUUUCUCAAGGAAUUGUAUGGGCUCCCAUGCUAGAGUACAUCUUAUAGAGAAAGAAGAUCUACAAUGUAAAUUUGAAGGGUGUGGGAAAGUGUUUGAUAAAAUGUGUCGUUUAAAACAACAUACACGACAGCACACUGGAGAGAGACCAUACGUUUGUACAUAUGAGGGAUGUACUUGGGCGUUUGCUACAGCUAGUAAAUUAAAACGACAUUCUGCGAAACACACUGGGUUGAGGCGCUGGACUUGUAACAUCUGUUUAAAAGGUUUCAUGAGGUCCGAACAUUUGAAAGGUCACAUGAUCACUCAUUUUGGUGAUAAACCAUUCAACUGUCCUGUAGGAAAUUGUAUGGCCAAGUUUUCAGCCAAGGGAAGUCUGAAUGUUCAUUUAAGGAAACAUGAGUCAACAGAUAAAAAAAUAACAUACCAUUGUCCUAUAGAGGGCUGUCUUAGUCACUAUGCCAGCAAAUCUAAUCUACGUAACCAUAUUCUCAAACAUUAUCUCAACAUCACUCCAGGUUAG